AUGGCCGCCCAACUCACCUCCAAGCAGCGCCUGGCCCUCGCCAUCUGCGACUUCCUGUCGACGUCGGCCGCCGACGGCACCCUCACCGCCGAGGACAGGGACUCGGUCGACGUGGCCGUCACCUGCAUCGCCGAGUCGUUCAAGGUCGACCCGGCCGACGGGGACGCCGUCCGCGCCGCUGUCGGCUCGCAGACCCUGCUGUCCAUCUACUCCGUCUACGAGAAGCUCAAGGCGUCCACAGGCGCCGCCGCCGCCGCCGCCGGGGUGCCGUCGGCGUCGGCGUCGGCGUCGGCGGCGGCGUCGGCUGAGCCCUCCGACGCGCAGAAACAGGCGGCCGAGAGCCUCAAGAGCAAGGGCAACGCCGCCAUGGCGCUCAGGGACUACGCCGCCGCCGUCGACCUGUACACGCAGGCGCUGCAGCUGCACCCCGCCAACGCCGUCUUCCUGUCCAACCGCGCCGCCGCCCACUCGGCCGCCAAGGACCACGCCGCCGCCCGCGUCGACGCCGAGGCCGCCGUCGCCGCCGACCCCUCCUACACCAAGGCCUGGUCGCGCCUCGGCCUGGCGCGCUUCGCCCUCGGCGACGCCCAGGGCGCCAUGGACGCCUACGCCGAGGGCAUCCAGCACGAGGGCAGCGGCGGCUCCGAGGCCAUGAAGAAGGGCUACGAGACGGCCAAGCGUCGCGUCCAGGAGAUGCGCGCCGAUCAGGACCAACCCGCCGCCGGCCUGCGCCGCUCCCCCGCCUCGGACCCUGCCGGGGGGGUGCCCGACCUGAGCAAUCUCGCGUCCAUGUUCGGCGGCGGCGGCGGCGGCGCCGGAGGCAUGCCCGACUUGGGCUCCAUCAUGAGCAACCCCAUGUUUGCCAGCAUGGCCCAGAACCUGAUGAGCAACCCUGACAUGAUGAACAACCUCAUGAGCAACCCCCGUCUGCGCGAGAUGGCAAACCAGUUCAGCGGCGGCGGCAUGCCCGACCUGGGCAGCCUCAUGUCCGACCCUACUAUUGCCGAAAUGGCCCGAAACAUGAUGGGAGGUCCCGGCGGUGCUCGUGGUGCGCCCGGCGGAAACCCAAACAACCCUGGACAAUAA